AUGAACUAUAAGAGGUUAGGGGCUUUAUUAGUACAUUAUGUGCGGAAGAGGGGUCUAGUGGAUCAAAAGGAACUGUAUACGCAAAGUUUAUGGCAGGAUAUAGAGCAACAACUGCAGAAGUUUAUGGAACAUUUGGACGACGAGAACAUAGAGCAAUAUGCAGCUAAUUGUUUGAACACGGGUUAUCAAAGUCUAAGGCGACCAGGCACACCUGUGGCCAAGAAAGUCGCAGAUAGACUUAUGUGCACACUCAUGUCAGGAGCAUUAUUUUUCAUGAAUGAGAACAGUUGGAACAUGCGGCCCAUGCAUACAGCGGUUACUAAAGAUGAUGAGCUGAAGGAACAUAUAAGGUGCGCAAUAGUAAAUAUAUUUAUGUCCAUAUUGCUGGCAUCUCCAUGCAGAAGUGAAAUGGGAAUAGAUAAUGCAUGGUACACCAUGAAACAGAUGGAAGCAGGGACAGGGGGUGGUUUAAUAACCGACGGUACAUGUGGACAGGGAGUGUUUACACAAAUAACAAUAGGAAAUUUUGACAUGGAGAAGAUGAUUAAGAACUGGUUACAGAGCAACCAGGAGUUGACUAAAAGAUUUGAAGGUCCAGAAGUACAAGGCAUAUGUACGAGAGGGAUACAGGAACUUGGGGGGGCCACAACGGGUACAAAGGCAGCUAAUGAACAGAUUGAGAUCACGACUGAGGAGAGGUUAAUUCUAGAGAAAUUAGGCAAGGGACUGAAGACACUUGUUGAGGAGGUGAAGAAGGGGGUUGCGCAAUGCGCGCGGGAAGGUGAAAAAUGCAUGAAGUCUAUCCAAGACGUCUCCAGUAGCAAUGUCCACGAUGAGGACAGUAAGGCCAUAGUAUCGACCUCUGUGGACAGCGGUACACCAGCACCCACGGUACCCGCAGGACAAACGGCAGCAGAAGAACCAAAGGAAACAACAAAAGGAACAGGGAAAAUUGCAACACCCUCCACACCUGCCACAGUGCCAGUUGCCAGAUCAGAUGGAUCCGUUGAGGAACCACCACCGCCAGCACCGGCGCCAGCGCAACCCACAUCAGGUGCGGCCACGGGAGCCGCUGGACAAGCAGCAGCACCACAGUCACCACCGGCUGCAGCACCGGCAGCAGGAGACAGUAGUGGAAAAGAUCAAUCCUCGGGAGGCACCAGUACAGAUCAGGUUGCAGACAACAAAGGUAAGUGUACAAAGGGGCCUCAGGUAUUUAAGGAAACAAAUACAGGCAUGGGCAUCUCCGGUGCUACAUCAAGCAUCGUCCUUUCCUUCGCACCUACGUCGGAAAACGAUGAUGACUGUGACAAGAGGUCCAAGGACUCGAGCGAAGAGAAGGAAGCUACAGGACGUACAACGAACUCGGGAUCCUCAGCAACAACGGAUGCAGCAGCCGCAGCACCGGCCGCACCACCAGCAAACCCAGCAGCACCAACAACACCAGGUCAGAAGGAUACAGAGGUAACUACUAAUGAGCAGAUACCUCCUAAAGGGGAAUCCGGGUCCGCAAGCGAAAGCACAGCAUCGAAUCCAGACGCACUGGGCACUGGUGCUGGUGUACAACCCGAAGACCCCGACCAGAAGAAUACCAUCGUCGAUGGCGAUCAAGCGGGAAGCAGCCCCGGCGGCGGCAGCGGCGCGGACAAUGGGACGAAGAAUGUUGAUGCUAAUGUUGAAGCACAGGGGAGUGGCCAUGCAGGGGGAACAGGGGGAAGUGGACAGUUCGAACUUGAUCUGGCUCCAAAGGCACUUGACGUAGGGGGCGCAGCAGGCGGUUUUGCACCACCAACCCCAGGCGAAACCGUAUCGGGCUCAUCGACUGACAACCCAGGUCCCGGGAAAGUGACCCCAGAUGUCCCCGAUCUAACCGCCGACGUCCUUACCGCCACUACUCCCGCACUCGUCUUCUUGUCCGCCGUCAUCGUCGCCGUCGUUAGUUAUUCCCUUUGGAAGUACUUUGCGCACCUCGCCAAACGACGACGAACAUAUCGAACCGUUCGUGACGUGCCGUCACCGCCACUAGACGAAGAAAUAUUGGAGCAUUUACAACGCGGCGAACUACCGCCACACGAUUACGGGUACACCAUGAUUAGGGAUAGGCGGCCUGCAUCUGCUGCCGAACGCCGCGGACAACGCCCGCCACACGUGAAUCGCCGCACGAUUAUCGAGCUACAUCUAGAAGUGCUCAACGAAUGUGAAGCGGCCGCAUGGGACAACGUCAAAGACGACUAUUUGCACAUACUCGUGGAGCAGUUUGCGCGCGACUUGGAGCGGGACCCGACUACUUGCAUUAGUUCCUCGGAUUUUUUUACCCCAAACGACGGUGCCGUAACCCACCAUUCGACAACCGACCAUUCGACAACUGACGAUUCCACAACCGAUUAUUCGACAACCCUGGAAACACUAACCCGGGAUCAACCGAUGGACUCCGGAUCAUAUCCAUCUCCACCUAAUGAAGAUGACCCCGAUCCAUGGAGUUGUAUGGAAACUAUACAAUUACAAACGGACCCUUGUGCACCGAAUGAAGACGACCCAGAUCCAUGCAGUUGUAUGGAAAACAUACAGUUAGAUACAGAACCCGACCCGCACUUCUCCCCGCGGAAUGAAUGCGCGACCCCCGACCACACUAAUUGGAUUACCUGGAUUGACCGCAACAGGCAUCUAUUGCAGGACUGCACGACGCAGCCAUGGUUUCUGCAAUUAAAAGCGGAAUGGAAAAAAUACCUGCGUGAUCACAUGGCGGCAACCGUGCCGAUGAAGAAAUUGGACUUGUGGAGACAAUGGGUUGCACAACAACAUGACCUUAUGAAUAUAUAUGGUGAGGAGGAGUGGUUCCAACAUUUGUUAGAAAAUAUCGAGGAGCAGACAGUACCGGAAAACGGCGAAGUACCUGGAGUCGAAAAAGACGUAGAAGUGGACCAUGUAAUGACAGCAGAAGAUAUACUGAUAGUCAGAGAUUUACCAGAGUCCCAACCACUGCAUGAGCAAUACUACAACAAGAAACACCUAAUAGCCAAAUUAUGGAUGCUCCUCCUCGCAUCCGUAAUCGAAGACUGCGAGCUCGAGAGAAGUAUGCAGGAGACGGAGUUAUAUGUGGAUGACCUAUUGCAGAAGCUCUGA